AUGGAAUGGUAUACACUUGUUGCGAUUUUUUUGUUAAUUCUAUUAGCUAUUGCUUUGGGCGUUAUUCUUGCAUGUAUAUUAGCUGGUCAACAUUGUACAGUAUCGGUCCAACAACGUCAACAAAAUCAUGAAUUAACAAAAGUACAACAAGAACAAGAAAGAAAAAGACAGAAAAAAAUAAGUUCAAAAAUAAAACGAACAUUUCAUCCAUCAUCUAAAACACAACAACCCACAGCACCUAUUGAAGAUGUUAAAACAGUUGAAUUUACAUUAAAAUUGGGUGAUGGUAAUAAGAAAACUGAAGAAUUAACAGCAACUAAUGAACCAACUAUGAUUCUUUUACCUCCAAAACGUGUUUCUCAAGCUGAACUCGAUGAACGACAGAAAAAACGAGAUGAAAUCAGAAAAAAAUAUAACCUUUAA